UGGAAGCAUCUAGGCACUCACUUAAGACGGGGGCUGGGUGGAUGAGACCCAGGGUCUCGGCCAGCCUCCCCACCUCUGCUUAGCCGCUGCGGUCCUCCCACGGUGGCAGCACAGAGCGGUGGAGGAAGGCGAGCCCCGCUCCCGGCUCCCACUACUUGCUAUCAGGCAGCACCGCGGACACCUCUGCCCCACGGUGAUUGGCCAGCGGCGGGGUCCUCGCCGUUGUCCAAUAUGGCGGCGCCCAGUGGCGGUGUGAACUGUGAAGAGUUCGCCGAGUUCCAGGAAUUGCUCAAGGUGAUGAGGACAAUUGAUGACAGAAUAGUACAUGAAUUAAACACUACGGUUCCAACCGCUUCCUUUGCAGGGAAGAUUGAUGCCAGCCAAACCUGUAAACAACUUUAUGAGUCUUUGAUGGCAGCUCAUGUCAGUAGGGACAAAGUUAUAAAGAGCUGUAUAGCCCAAACCUCAGCAGUAGUAAAAAAUCUCCGAGAAGAGAGAGAAAAGAACCUGGAUGACUUAACGUUAUUAAAGCAACUUAGAAAAGAACAGACAAAGUUGAAAUGGAUGCAGUCAGAACUAAAUGUUGAAGAAGUGGUAAAUGACAGGAGCUGGAAGGUGUUUAAUGAACGCUGCCGAAUUCACUUCAAGCCUCCAAAGAAUGAGUAGAGAGUUUUUUUUAUAGACCCAGUCAUCUCAUCAACUAAGCAUGACAGACGUCAACAGGGAUGGUCUCCCAGCCAGCAGUCCAAGGCCUCAAGUCUAAUUCUCACAAUUAUAAAAUAAUCAAUUGCUAUUUUAUACUGAUUCUGUAAAAAAUGUUUUGUAACUAUUAAAAUAAUUUUCUGA